AUUAUUUUUAAAUAAUACUUAAUUUAUAAAACGAUGUAUCCCCUAAUGGUAUCAGACAACUCAAUGAUGAAUCUGGAGAAAUUCGGAGUAUCGAGUUCAUCACAAAAUCGUCUCCCAAUCGUCAGAGCAGUUACUUUUUUGAGGAAAAAUGCUAUGACCGAGAUCAUUGAGUUAAAUAAGUUUCCUGAAAAAUGUACAUCGAUAAUAAAAUAUGUUGAAAUUGCCGAAUCGGAAGGACGACUAUAUAGCUUAGAUAGGCACAUUGACGCCUCUUCUUGGCUCAAAAUAGUAAGUCUUGCGACGGAUUGCCACACCAAUAAUAUAUUACUAAUGCCCAGCGAAAAGGGGGUAGUAAUAAAAACGAUCAGAGAUAUAGCUCCAGGUGAACUACUAUUCUUGUGGUUCUCUGAAAAUCUUUUACUCGUAUUAAAUAUACCAUUUUUAAAUCCGCGUAAUAUUCAAGGACAAGACCGAUAUAUUUGCCACAUAUGCCAUACCGUUUUCGAAUACCCAAAUCCUCUAAAACUUCACGUAUCCUUAGAUUGUGACCGGUUAGACCUUAAUUAUUUGUGGAAUCUUCUAUCGAGGAAAAUUUCUUCGUUAUCAAAUUUAUGUCCUCCAACACCUUUCCGAUUUCAAUUAACCGCUCCCACGGCUAUAAUUUCGCCAAUCCUCAUCGAGCCUCCAAAUUCCCAUAGAUCCUUAAAUCCAUCACCUACGUCAUCUAAUCAGUUCUCUCCUUCAUCUUCGAAUCAACCUUCUCCUGGACAAAUUUCACCACACUUGCUGGCCUCGAUAUAUUCUAUCAGGCACAAUUUGUUAAAUCGACCGUCGGCAUUUAAACCAUACACAUAUAUGAAUGGACCCGACGUUUUAUCCGAUCUUUGUCCACCAACCGCGAGUAAUGAGAGACAACCCGUAUUAGAAAGACAAUCGACUGCUCAUGCUGCAGAGAUUGAAACUAUUGCCAGUAACCUUGGAAAAUCUAAAGAAGGUCAUCUUUGUAUAUAUUGUGGAAAGAUGUAUUCCAGGAAAUAUGGGUUGAAAAUUCAUAUCAGAACUCAUACCGGAUAUAAGCCAUUGUUCUGCAAAUAUUGUCAUCGACCAUUCGGAGAUCCGAGUAAUUUGAAUAAACAUAUGAGGCUACAUGCUGAUGCCGAAUCACCAUACAAAUGCGAAAUUUGCGGUAAAAUUUUAGUAAGAAGAAGAGAUUUAGAAAGGCAUAUAAAGUCGAAACAUCAGAAUAACAUUGAUACAACUUCUGAAACUUCUGACGACGAAUUGGAUGAUUAAACGAAACUUUCGAUCGGUAAGUUUUUCGUGAAUUCGUGAUAUUUUCUGCAAUUAUACACUGUUUAUUUAUUAUUCUUUAGUAAUUUUUAAAAUCACUAAAAAAUGUUUCUCGUAAGAAACAUUGAAAUAAAAGUGUAAAAAACAUAAAGCUGCCAUGACAGUUUAAAAUUUU